AUGUAUUUAAAUGUGGGUCUGCCAGCUACUCCUCUCAUUUCAAGUCAAUGCUGUGGAAGAGAGCCAGAGAUCAGUAAUAACUAACACUUUUUCAUAGUGCAGUCCAAAUCGUCUCACCAUGUUUGUUUCAAUUGCACUGCUAUGCCUCUGCCUUUUAUUUCUCAUUCUUCAACUCAAAUCCAAGAGGCCGAAGAACUUCCCACCAGGCCCCCCAGGCCUUCCCCUGGUGGGGAACACUUUGCAGUUGAGUUUGGAGAACCCCUUAAAGGACUUUGAGAAGCUGAGGAAGUCUUACGGAGAUGUCUACAGUAUUUACAUUGGCCAGAAACCAGCUGUAGUCAUCAAUGGGCUGAAGGCCGUAAAGGAGGCGAUGGUGACUAAGGCUGCUGAUUUUGCUGGACGACCCCAAGACUUGUUUGUUAAUGAUGUCACCAAGAGUAAAGGAGUAAUUUUGGUCGAUUACGGCUCUAGUUGGAGGGAACAUCGUCGCUUUUCUUUGAUGACUUUGAGGAACUUUGGUCUGGGGAAGAACUCGAUGGAGGACAGGAUUCAUGAAGAGAUAAAAUACAUCGUUAGAACCUUGGAAGACAGUGUUGGUAAAACCAUGAGUCCUCAAGUUAUGUUUCACAAUGCGGCCUCCAACAUCAUCUGCCAGGUCCUGUUUUCUACACGCUACGAGUAUGAUGAUGCGCUAAUCAAACAGAUUGUUCAGUGCUUCACUGAGAAUACCAAGAUGGCCAAUGGACCGUGGGCUAUGCUCUAUGACACUUUUCCCAUAAUUCGUAACCUGCCACUGCCCUUCCAAAAGGCCUUUGAGAAUUUAGAGACUUCAAAGAAAAUUGCAAUUGGUUUGAUCAAUGAGCACAAGAAGACCAGAGUUCCUGGAGAGCCACGAGAUUUUAUUGACUGCUAUCUGGAUGAACUGGAGAAGAGAGGCGAUGAUGGGUCUUCAUUCUCAGAGGAGUGGCUCAUUAUGAAUGCUUUAGAUCUUCACCUUGCUGGGACUGACACCACCUCCAACACCCUCCUUACCGCUUUCCUUUACCUGAUGAACUACCCCCACAUCCAAGAAAGAUGUCAGCAGGAGAUAGACGACGUGUUGGGAGGGAAGUAUCGGGCCAGUUUUGAGGACAGACACGAGAUGCCUUACACACAGGCUGUGAUUCACGAGAUACAGAGAGUUGCCAACACUGUCCCUCUCAGUGUCUUCCACUGCACCACUAGAGACACAGAGCUGAUGGGAUAUUCAAUUCCCAAGGGAACAAUGAUCAUCGAGAAUCUGACCUCAGUGCUCAGCGAGGAGGGACAGUGGAAAUUCCCUCAUGAAUUCAACCCUGAAAACUUCCUCGAUGACAAAGGAGAGUUUGUUAAACCAGAGGCCUUCAUGCCUUUCUCUGCAGGUUCUCGGGUGUGUCUCGGGGAGGGUCUGGCUCGCAUGGAGCUCUUCCUCAUGAUUGUGACUCUGCUGAGGAAGUUUAAGUUCAUCUGGCCCGAGGAUGCAGGAGAACCAGACUUCACUCCAGUCUUUGGAGCCACUAUGACUCCCAGCCCUUAUCACAUGAAGGUCCAACUCAGGACCGCGCACUGAAGUGGCGUGCAUAGGUGGAAGAUGCAGAAAGAAAAAGUGCCACUUAGUUUUGAAAACCUAUUUAAUGAAGAAUGCUGUACUUAGUAGUUUAAAUAGCUUCUGCUGGGAAAAUUUCCCUGAGAUGUUUUUAACACAAUGAUUCUCAAACUGUGGGACGUGGGUAACAAAGGGAAUGAUGAGAAAAAAAACAAGUUGAUUAGCAUCUGUUGAGUGGUAUUUAUUAAAACUCAGCUGUGAUUUUUUUUUAGAUUAAAAUGGUCGUGGAGUGAGACGUGCUUUGGGCUUCUUAGCGGGGUGAUGCCAGUUAAAACUUUAAGAACAAGUGUAUUAAAACACUAGACACACUCUGAUAAACAUGCCAAACUCA